CUAGGCAUCUUAAACGAACCUGGGAGGAAGAAUAUUUUUUUACGGAUAUUAAUUCUAAGGCGGUCUGCUUAAUUUGCGGUCAGUCUGUCGCUGUGCUAAAAGAGUACAAUAUCCGCCGGCACUAUGAAACGAGGCAUGCAGCAUUCUCAAGGUUCAAAGGUGAGGCACGGAAGACAAAGACCCGAGAGUUGUUAGCUAAACUUCGCUCACAACAAAACACGCUCACACGACCCUCGUCAGCCCAGGAAAGCGCAACACAGGCCAGCUGUGAGAUUUCAGCUCUAAUUGCCAGGAGUGGACGUUCAUUUUCUACAGGGGACUUUGUUAAAGAAUGCUUAUCCACGGCUGCAAAGCUAGUGUGUCCCGCUCAGGCAAGAGCUUUCUCCCAGAUCAGCCUCUCAGCUAAUUAUUACGGAGAUGUUUGACGACAUAAAGGCCUUUCAGAGAAAACUGCAGCUACUGUGUCGACAUCUGUCAGCAGGAAACCUGGCUCACUUCCCCAGUCUGAGAGAGGUAAACCUGGUACAACAGAAACUGUCUGAAUAUGCAACACUUGUCAGCAACCUAGACCUGGAGUUUGAAAUGCGCUUUCAGGACUUCAGGAAGAAUUCAGGUGACAUGGAGCUGUUUUCCCAACCCUUCAGCACAAGUGUGGACUGUGUCCCUGAUCACAUUCAGAUGGAGCUGAUUGAGUUUCAGUGCGAUUCAGAGCUGAGGAAUAAAUUCAUGUCACUGAAACUGAAGGACUUCUACACACACGUCUCACCAGAAAGGUACCCAAACAUUAGGAAGCAUGCACAGGUGAUGUUAUCUCUGUUUGGCAGCACCUACAUUUGUGAACAGACUUUCAGUGUAAUGAACCUUAACAAAACCAGGCUCAGAAGCACUCUGACUGAUCUACACCUGCAGGACGUUCUCACCCUCUCAGUUAGUCAGCUUCAGCCUGACAUUGAGAGGCUGGUCAAAGCCAAAGACCAGCUUCAUGUGUCUCACUAAUAGUGUCAAACUGCUGCUGUUUGCUGUUCAUAAGGACAUGUAUAUGGACAUAAUUUGUGGCUAAAUAAAGAUUUAUUUGCUUUGUAUUUGCUUCCUGUUCUUUGUACAAAGAGUGAAAUGUUAAAUACCUUUAUAAUAAACACAUUUCAAUCAGAAAGUGCACCAGGAAACCCCCCCGCUGCCGCCGCCGCCACCGCCCACCCGGCCCUCAG